AUCGCCUCGUGCUGUCAUAGGGAGGUUAAGGGCUGGGUCCUGAAGUCUGGCUGUGUGAUUUGAAUCCUCGCUUUGCUGGUUGUGCCACUGAAGGGGAGUUAUCUUAACUUCUCUGUGCCUCAGUCUCCUCAUCUGUGAAGUGGGGUUAGUGAUAGUCCCAGUGAUCACAAGUUCUAAAUGAGACGGUGAAUGACACGCACACAGCGCGUUGCCUGGUUCUUAGGAUCGGUGGCUGCUGAUUUGGAACAUCUGCUGCAGGUCAGGGGCCAAGGACAAUGCCACGUGCCAGACCCAGCUGGGUCAGGCUCUGAGAUGUGGGCUCCAUUUGUCCCCCCACGUCUAUCCCUCCCAUGGGGGUACCUAUGUCCUUUAUGCCCAAGUGUUUGAAACCUCAAGAGGAUGUGACCUGACCUCAUCCAAGUGGCAGAAGCUGUGAGCCAUUCUCUAUGUUAGCUGGGCUACUCUCGCUAUGGCCAAAUGAGGUUCUGCCAGACCACCCAGGUCCUGCCGUCCCCGCCGAAGGGAUCCUCCUAAUUCCAGCCUCCUCCCCUUUCCCCAGAGCCCUCAAACCUCUCUACCGCCCCAGGUGCUUUUCCGCCCUGUGGACAGCGACAGGACCGGUAUGUAAAUAUCUGUGCAAAUCCCCUGGCCUUAGAUUGCCAACCCUCCGGGAAGGCAGAGUCAUCUCUGGGACCCCCACUUGCCAGCCAUGGGACCCCAGGGUAGGGUGAUCUGCUCCCUGCUCUUCCUGCUGCGGGCCCUGGCUGAGAACUCGGAGUUCUACCUGCCUGGGGAUUACCUCCUGGGUGGCCUCUUCACCCUCCAUGCCAACAUGAAGGGCAUCGUCCAUCUCAACUUCCUGCAGGUGCCCAAGUGCAAGGAGUACGAGACGAAGAUGCUGGGCUACAACCUCAUGCAGGCCAUGCGCUUUGCAGUGGAGGAGAUCAACAAUGACAGCCGCCUGCUGCCGGGCGUGCUGCUGGGCUACGAGAUGGUGGACACCUGCUACAUGUCCAACAACGUCCAGCCCGUGCUCUACUUCCUGUCACAGGACGACUACUUCUUGCCCAUCCAGGACGACUACAGCCACUACCUGCCCCGCGUGGUGGCCGUCAUUGGUCCUGACAACUCCGAGGCCACCAUGACCGUGGCCCACUUCCUCUCCCUCUUCCUCCUUCCCCAGAUCAGCUACAGUGCCAUCAGUGAGGACCUCAGCGACAAGCUGCAUUUCCCAGGGGUGCUGCGCACGGUGCCAGGUGCAGAUCACCAGAUCGAGGCCAUGGUGCAGCUAAUGCUGUACUUCCGCUGGAACUGGAUCAUCGUGCUGAUGAGCAGCGACGAUUAUGGCCGCGACAACAGCCGGCUGCUCAGCCAACGCCUGGCGCACCAUGACAUCUGCAUCGCCUUCCAGGAGACCCUGCCCAUGACGCAGCCCAACCGGAAUAUGACGCAGCUGGAGCGCGAGCACCUGGAGGCGGUCGUGGGCAAGCUGCGGCGGAGCACCGCGCGCGUGGUGGUCGUGUUCUCCCCAGACCUGUCCCUAUACAACUUCUUCCGCGAGGUGCUGCGCCAGAACUUCACCGGCGCCGUGUGGAUCGCGUCCGAGUCCUGGGCCAUCGACCUCGUCCUGCACAAUGUCACCGAGCUGCAGCGCACGGGCACCUUCCUGGGCAUCGCCACCCAGGCUGUGUCUGUCCCGGGCUUCAGCGAGUUCCGCGUGCGCCGCUCUCAGGGUGUGCGGCCCGCGCUCAACAGGAGCAGCCAGGGGGCCACCUGCAACCAGGAAUGUGACUCCUGCAUGAACACCACCGAGUCCUUCAACACCAUGCUCACGCUCUCGGGUGAGCGCACGGUCUUCAGCGUGUACUCCGCGGUCUACGCGGUGGCCCACGCGCUCCACAACCUCCUGGGUUGCAACCAGAUCAGCUGCCGCAAGGAGGUGGUGUACCCUUGGCAGCUGCUUCCAGAGAUUCGGAAGGUCAACUUCACCCUUCUGGGCCACCAGAUCUCCUUCAACCAGCAGGGGGACAUGUCCAUACAACUGGAGGUCAUCCAGUGGCUGUGGGACCUGAAGCAGAACCCUUUCCAGAGUGUCGCCUCCUACUACCCAUUGAAGCGGAAGCUGAAGUGCAUCCGAGACAUCUCCUGGCACACCCCCAACAACACGGUCCCUGUGUCUACAUGUUCCAAAGACUGCCAGCCUGGGCAAAAGAAGAAGCCAGUGGGCACCCACCCCUGCUGCUUUGAGUGCAUUGACUGUCUCCCUGGCACCUUCCUCAACCGAACUGCAGACGAAUAUGAAUGCCAGCCCUGCCUGAGUUACCAGUGGUCCCACAAGAAUGACACCUCCUGCUUCAAGCGGCGCCUGGCCUUCCUCGAAUGGCGUGAGGCGCCCACCAUCGUCGUGGCCAUGCUGGCUGCCCUGGGCUUCCUCAGCACCCUGGCCAUCGCCAUCGUCUUCUGGAGGCACUUGCAGACGCCCAUAGUUCGCUCGGCGGGGGGGCCCAUGUGCUUCCUGAUGCUGAUGCCGCUGCUGAUGGCCUACACGGUGACCCCCGUGUAUGUAGGGCUGCCCACCGUCUCCACGUGCCUCUGCCGCCAGGCCUUCUUCACCAUCUGCUUCACCAUCUGCAUCUCCUGUAUCACGGUGCGCUCUUUCCAGAUCGUCUGCAUCUUCAAGAUGGCCAGCCGCCUCCCGAGCGCCUACCGCUACUGGGUCCGCUACCACGGGCCUUACGUCUUCGUGGCAUCCAUCACGGUGCUCAAGGUGGUCAUUGUGGGGAGCGGCAUCCUGGCCACCACCCCCAACCCCACCGCCCGCGCCGACCCUGAUGACCCCAGCAUCAUGAUCCUGUCCUGCAGCCCCAACUACCACCGGGGACUGCUGAUCAACACCAGCCUGGACCUGUUCCUCUCCGUGCUGGGCUUUGGCUUUGCCUACGUUGGCAAGGAGCUGCCCACCAACUACAACGAGGCCAAGUUCAUCACCUUCUGCAUGACCUUCUACUUCACCUCCUCCGUCUUCCUCUGCACCUUCAUGUCGGUCUACGAGGGGGUGCUGGUUACCAUCCUGGACCUCUUGGUCACGGUGCUCAACCUCAUGGGCAUCAGCCUGGGCUACUUCGGCCCCAAGUGCUACAUGAUUCUUUUCUACCCGGAGCGCAACACACAAGCUUACUUCAACAGCGUGAUCCAGGGCUACACCAUGAGGAGGGACUAGCCCUCCUAUCAGCUGCCCACUGGGACGAGGG